UACUCGCAAAGGGGAAAAGCGACAAUUACCCAAUUUUCCUCUCAUCAAAAGCAGAGAAAAAUAACUUACUAUAUACAGAGCAACUGAGCCAAACACAGGUUCAGCCUUUAGCUUCUUCCACUGUCUCACCUGCACAAAUCAAAAGAAGCCGCUAAUGGCUGUCUCCAUCUCCAUUUUAGCUAUCGUCAUUUCUCUUCAUCUCAUCGCCUUCGUCCUCGCCAUCGGCGCCGAGCGCCGCCGUAGCCAAGCUAAAGUGGUGCCUGAUGAGUAUGAUGAAAGGACUUUCUGUGUCUAUACUACAGACGCGUCGACGGUGUACGGAUUAGCGGCGUUUGGGUUGUUGUUGAUAAGCCAAACGGUGCUUAACGGCGUUACUAAGUGUCUCUGCUUUGGUAAAGGGCUUUGGAAUGGAAGCUCUUCCACUAAAUUGGCUAUCUUCUCCUUCAUUCUUUCCUGGAUAAGUUUUGUGGGAGCUGAGGCAUGCUUGAUAGCUGGUUCAGCAAGAAAUGCAUACCACACCAAGUACAGAGGAAUCUUUGGUGGAGAUGACUUAUCAUGCGCCACCCUUCGCAAAGGCAUCUUUGCUGCCGGAGCAGCUUUAACAUUAGUUUCAUUGCUCUGUUCGAUCCUUUACUAUUGGGCUCAUUCCAGAGCUGAUACUGGAGGAUGGGAGAAGCACCACAAUGAAGGUGUUGACAUGACAGCUUCGAAUUAUCCACCACAACAACGACAGCAGACCAGUGAAUUUGAUAAAGUUUAAUUAAUUUGGAUUUGAUUAGUUUAGUGUUUACAUUUUUGGGUGUUUCAUUAAGGGAAUAUAUAUGGAGAGAAGAAAAAUUAAUGAAAUGGUAUUACCAAGUUAUGAACAUAGAUAUAUUAUGUAAUAUUAUAUUUCAGAUGUUAAGUAUGUGCAUAUUUGUGAGGCAUUUCAUCCCCAACCUGACAUUUUUUUUGCUAUAUUGGAAAGUUUUAAAGGAGAGGGAAUUGUCAAGGUUUUGAACAUAUGUUUCUGGAUUAUCAUUGAUGUAAAAUUGCUGGAUUUAAAUAUAUAAUAGUUAUUAUAAAUAUAGGUGAUA